AUGAAUAAAUAUUAUGAGUUUUCUAAAUCUAAGGAUGAAUCAAGAUUAUCUAUUGACUCUUAGGAACUACUAAGAUAAGUGGAAAAUAAAAUAAACUAAGAAUAAUCACCAACCUUUAUCUCGCCCUAAAAAUAAUAAUAAUUAAAGUAUGCUGAUCACUUUGAUUAAAAAGAGCAAAUAGAUUAUUUGUCAUUUAAGGAAUAGGCAAUAAUAAAACGGUUGUUUAAUUUGCGAGAUGAUUACAAACAAUUCCUAAAAAACGUGUAAUCUAAUUAAGAACAAUUGAUGUAAUCUAUUCGGGAGGUAAUGAAAAAAGUUACGGAAAAAGGGAAUCGGCAUUUAUAAGACCAAGAACAGGAACUAAGGUUAUAAUUGCAAGAAAUUCAAAAAAAUAAGGAGCUGAUCAAUUCAUAUUCUAACUGUCAAAUUAUAUAAUCACCUUUAAAAUAAAAAAGCCACUUCUUCUCAGAAAUAACCAACAAGAUUUCUGAACUAAAUAGUUAGAUCCUUGAAUUUUUUGAUCAAGACAAUUCAAUACAAUCGAGUAGGUAUUAGAAAAAACUAAAUUUCUCAAAUUAUAAAGAAUUGAGUUCUAAAAAGAAGUACAAGGAAUCGCCCAGUCCAUUCAAAGAGAUUGAUAGAGUAUUAUAGUUGAAAACAUCCUCAAGCAAAACUUAACUUUAAGGUAAAACCUCACCUUAGGACCUAAAUUAAUUUAUUGAAGUGCUUAAACUUAAAAUUAAUAAUACUAAAAAUUACAAUUUGUUAUAGAGUAGACCAAAUAUCUCAGGCAAUUUUUUGUAAAGCAAAUUAAAUAGUAACUCAAAAAGGAUUUCGAUUGAAGAAUAGCUCUAAUCCUAAUACAAAACAUUUUUUCAAUCUGUAUUUUGA